AUGGUAUUGACUCGAGUAUUAACACUGCUGUGUGUGGCGGCUGCGGUUGUUCGAUCGGAAGAAAUGGGCGUGGGCGUCAGUGCAGAGGUAGUAUCGUCUCCUUUGCGGAAGCUAAUGCAGGACGUGGUAAAGAUUCACGUCAUGGUCCAUGGGAAGGAGGUCGCUCCUGUCACAGAACACGAACAUUACAAGAAGGAAGAAGAGGAGAAGAAAGGAGCUCCAAGAAGCAGUGAGGCUGGAGAGAAGCACGGAAAGGUUCACCACGAGAAAAAUACCGCCAAGCAGACUCAGGAUGAUGAGACUGUGGUUGAAUACAAGCACGGAAGCGUUAAGAUUUUCGGUAAAAAGGACAGCGUGGCAGUGGAUAACGAGGCCGAAAGAAAAGCUGGCAUUGUUAAGAAGGUUGUUAUGGAAAAGGAGCAGGAGGUCCCUAGUACGGCGAACGAGGUCCAUGAGGUCGCGACAAAGCUUAGCAGCACGUCUUCGGCUGACAAGAAGUCGUUCCAUGACAUUUUCGGCCCUAUGGUGAUCAUUUGCGGCAUCAUUGGUGGUCUAGCAGCGAUCAUUGGCGUUGUUGGUCUGGUAAUGGACCGUUCUCAGUCGAAGAAGGAUAUUCCGGAUCCAGAUGACUCUACCGAACUCGAUGUCGACGUGGAUAUUGAGGCAAACAUCGUACCUGUUGGAGUGCAGGACGUCGAUUCCGACUCAGAUCCCAGCAACGACAAGGAUGAAGAGGAAGGCUCCUUCGCCAGCCGUACAACUCGUGUGUCUAUGUAA